AAGUCGUUUCUGCCACAGAUCCGUUACGGUACGCACGGUGGCAUAAAAAACGAUUCUCCGAUGUAGAUCGCUGGUGCUAGUAGGGGUAAGCACAAGAGCAGUUGUUUUGGCGACUACACACGGAGAGACAUCAAAAUGGCAACUGACCAGCGACAAACCGUACAUCUACUGCUGCUGAUGGUGAUUGGUUUCACAGCGUCUGUGGCCAACGGCUGGAGUGCGGACGAUAUGGAGAUAUUCGACCUCGUCGAAGAGGUGAACGAAAACUUCUACCAGCUGAUGGGCAUUAAUAAAAGCGCCUCGUUGGCGGAAAUCAAGCGCGCAUUCCGGACACUAUCGGUAGUGUGGCAUCCGGACAAGAGCGAUGCCGAUGAUGCGAACAUUAAGUUUCGCAACCUCGUGUCGGUGUACGAGAUUCUGAAGGAUCCAGCGAAACGCGAAAAGUACGAUCGGGUACUGAAUGAUGGAUUGCCGAACUGGAAAUCGGCUUUGUACUACUAUCGGCACGUGCGAAAGAUGGGCAUCGUCGAGAGUGCGACCAUUCUCUUUGUUGUCAUCACCGUUAUGCAGUAUCUGGUAGCAUGGGCAGCGUACAUCGAGAAAAAAUAUACGGCGGAACAAAUCGUCGGCAGCAAGUUGAAAAAAUUUAACAAGAAAAACCAAACGAACAUCCAGCUGGAAGAGCUGAUCAACGAAAUUCCCAUACCGAGCAUCAAGAACACUCUGCCAUUCCAGCUGCCUGUGGGUUUGUGGCGAUUGGUAACAGGCAUCCCGUACGCUAUUACGCUAGUUAGUGACCUGUACGCCCGGAGGCAAAAAGCGAUAAAAGAGAUCCACGAAAGAGAGCUCAAGGAGGCCAAAGAUCAGAAGGAGUUUGAAAUGAAACGGGCACAGGAAAAGGAAAGCCGGAUGUUGCGGAAACGGAACAAAAAGAUUACCGUACCGGAGAAAACGGACGAAGAGCUGGCUGCCUACAGUCAGCGCAUUUUGCAGGCGGGAGACGAGCACCACGCAACGAAACCACUGCCGGUUCCACCUCCAACGGGCGGCCUCUGGACCGACGACGAUCUGACCGAGCUUGUUCGGCUGGUGAAGAAGUACCCCGGGGGUACUAGUAACAGGUGGGAGCAGAUAGCGGAUCUCAUGCAACGCAGCGUGGAAGAAGUUACGUACAUGGCAGCCAAGCUGAAAGAGUGCGGUUACCGGUUGUCGCACCAGAUGCCGGAGACCAACGCAUCCGAUGUCGCCAAGGUCAAGACGAAAACACGCGACAGAGGCGCAACCGCAGCGACGGAAUCGUGUGCCACCUGGACGCAGCAGCAGCAACAGGCGCUCGAAGCGGCUAUCCAAAAGCACCCGAAGUCGACGACUACCGACCGAUGGCAGAAGAUUGCCAACAGUGUGCCGGGUAAGACGAAGGAAGAUUGUAUCGCGCGCUAUAAGUAUCUGGUGGACCUGGUAAAAACACAGAAGAAGGAAACGGAAGAUGGGUCCGAGCUGCCAACCAGUACCGUCGGCGCCGAAGAAGUCCCUCAACCAAUCGAAGAAACCGAGCAGGAACCAGAGCACGCCGAUGACAAUGCGGUGGCCAGUGUUCCAGCGGUGGAUCAAACACAGCAGCCGGAAGCCGGUGGAUCCAAGAAUGGUGGGAAAAGUAAGGGGAAACCCCGCCGGAAAGAAGUAAGGAAAUGUCGAGGGGUAGGCUCCCCGGAGCUUGACAACUUGAGAACUCACUCGGACGAUUCUGAUCAUUGGCUCGGUACGCACGAUGCCGACGAGGAGCUCAUACCCGAGCCGGUGAAGCCUGUAAAGCGAAAGAAGAAGAAGCCGGACUUGUCCCAUCUUCGUCAUCGGUGCUACUCAGACUCGGAGUAAAGCUUUCGCGAGAGGUGCGGCAAUGCUUUCGGAGGUGAGUGAAAAGAACGGUCAUGUAUUGCUUCUGCUGUUGGACUUGGAUCAGAAGUGGAGUGAACCAAAUGGAGUGAAAAUAAAGGAUAAUUUU